UGUUGCUGUUGGUCUCGGCGGAAGGAAAAGUAGCGCAACUACAAGUUCUUCUACUGAACAACGUUGUAAUUAUUCUUAUCCGUCAUCGAACAAUUAUCCGGGGGCGCAAAUCAGAUCGACCACUGCGCCGACUUUUCCGCUUGGUCGCGCCGACGUCGUCGGGCCGUUUCACAAUCGAGCGGAAUCGGACAGCGAGGAGGACUCUCGUGAGGACGGACAGGAGGGGUUGCGUUGUUUUGAAGACAAAGAUGCAGCUCUGGGGAAUUAUGCUGGUGGUUACAAGUUGCAUCACAACAACCUAAGCAGGAGGCCAAGGUAAUUUAUUCUACAAAAAAUCUUAUUCAUCUGCUAAAUUAAAAAUUGAACGAAAAUUUUAUCAAACUGUGACGUAGUCUCUUGCACUCUUUUUCGUUUUUUCGAUCCCUUCAGCUGUCUGCACAGUCGUUCCACCAAUUUUUUUCCCAUGACAUCAGGUCAGUGCAGCAGUUUCGCAGAAAGGCUCCGCUAAUCCAACGCGAAAUCUGCUUUUCGCCGCCAGAUUUAGAAGAAGUGACGUCUUCAACUACUACGCAACACGGGGAAAAAAUAGCGGCGACGGUGCGUAGAACUUCUUCUGCAAAUGCAACCAAUGAUGGCUGCUCGAAUGAACAGCCUGAGCAGGUCUAUUGUGUGGAGAGACCACGAGGACAGGCGCAAUUAUCGGGCAGUAGUGCAAGUAUUCAUCAAAACCCCGAUAUGAUUUUUGCCAAUCGCACGACCUCCGCGUUUGAGCCUGUGUCACGAAAAAUCCACCUGCAGCCGAAGCUCCCCGUGCAGAGAAGGCGUGGUCAUGAUGAAGACGACAUCAAAGCAGGGGACUUCUCGCUUCAAGAUUUGAUGGAAACAGGAAAAGUGAUUAAAGCGGUGGAGAAGAAACAAAAAGAAGCCGUGGCUGCUGGCGCACCAACAUCCCGGGUGGACGACGAGGUGCAAGAACAUCAAAAGCUCUGCUCCUCCUCCCGCAGAAUUGUCGAAGCCGCAGCUGGUAAAAAUUGGGUUCUAGAUCCGAAGUCGCAGCAUGUUAGUAUGGUACAGAAGCAGGCACAGGAACUUCGGUCGCCUCGCUCCAAAAAAGGAGAUCGUGAGAAGGGCCAUCAAACAGAAAGUGGUAGUAGAAGGCGAAACAAAGGAGAAGCACGGGUCGUGCCAGGUGGUCAUGACGAAGAAAAAAGUGGGUGGGGGCUUUAUCGUCCAGAACAAGAAGUGCUAGUAGAUCAUGCGGCCCCGCCCGCGCCGAAGAAGCUCCAUG